AUGGCGCCCGCAGCAACCGGAGGCAAGAAGCAAAAGAAGAAGUGGUCCAAGGGCAAGGUCAAGGACAAGGCCCAGCACGCCGUCGUCCUCGACAAGGCCACCAACGACAAGCUUCAGAAGGAUGUCCAGUCCUACCGUCUGAUCACUGUCGCCACCCUUGUCGAUCGUCUCAAGAUCAACGGCAGCCUUGCCCGCCAGGCUCUCAACGACCUUGAGGCUAACGGUCAGGUCAAGAAGGUCGUCGGUCACUCCAGCCUGAGCAUCUACACCCGUGCCGUCACCGCCGAGUAA